AUUAGUGACAUAAGAGUUGUUGAGCUGGCCGGGAUUUGGGUACAUACAUUGAACUUUGAAAGAUAGGCUAUGGCCGAGUUUGAGGAGCUUUAUUGGCGGUUUUGUUCAUGUAUUUGUUCACAUGAAUGAAUGUACCGUGUAGGUAUUUAAUCAAGGCAAGAAAAAGCCUGCACAAGCUGUGCCGUUGGGACCUCCUGUUUAUCAUGCCAAACGAAUAAACAUACUCUUCCUGUGUCAUGCCUUGCUUUCCAUGCUUGUAUUUCAUGCUUAGUUUCCUUCUUGUAAGGCUCUGUAUGUACAAUAUUGUUGCAGCGAUCUCUGUGGUGGUGUUCUUUUUGUGUGCCUGCUGCUGCUGGGGCUGUGGAUCGUCUUCUGCGAUCGAGUUGCUCGGCUUGAAUAUAUGCCAACUCUUGUCAAAUUCAUCGGCGAUGGAAACAUCUAUUUUAAAGGACGUAAACGUUCUAGUUACAUGGACUCAAGCUCUAUUUUGUCUCUUGCUCCUUGCAUGGAGAGACUUAGCCGUCCUUGCAAAAGGCCAUAUGGCUAUGUUACCAAAUUGCACAGAGAGACAAAGCUCAAGCAAGAUGAUAGAGACCUUAUUGGCAUGCUUCCUGAUGAAUGCCUCUAUGAAAUCUUCAGAUGUCUUCCUGCAGCCAGAGAUCGCAGUGCCUGUGCCUGUGUCUCUAAGCGCUGGCUUAUGCUCCAGAGCAGCUUGCAGAGGAACGAAAUUAAGAGAUCUAAAACAAAGACCAAGAAUCCUGGAGAAAUGACUGCUGGAAACAGGUCAGAAAGUAAUCUAUCAGAUCAUGCUGGCUCAGUUCGUAGCAGUGAGAAUUCUUUUGAAGAAUCUUGUGAUAAUGGAUUUGGUGAACUGAUAGAUGGGCAGUUAGUACCUAUGGAUAUUGAUUUAGUAGAAAAAGGAACUGCAAAGAAAGUUGAUAGUGAGAAGCAGCCAAGCUGGGCCAGUGGGGAUCUUUCUCGACGCUUAGAAGGAAACAAGGCUACUGACAUUAGGCUUGCAGCAAUUUCUGUAGGCAUGGUUGGGAGAGGAGGGUUGGGCAAGCUCACAAUUCGAGGAAAUCAUCCAUUUCGAGGGGUGAGUGAUAUGGGCCUAAGUGCCAUUGGCCUUGGCUGCCCAGCACUCAGAGUUUUAAUCCUUUGGGAUUGCCCCCUAAUUGGUGAUAAAGGACUGUCAUCAAUUGCAAAGGGUUGUCAUCUACUGGAAAAACUUGAUUUGCUAAAUUGCCCUUUGAUUGGGGACAAGGGCCUUGAAUCAAUUGCUGCCAAUUGCCCUGGCUUAUUGUCUCUCAACAUAGAGUCUUGCCCACAAAUUGGAAACAAGUCUCUUAAAGCAAUUGGACAGCGCUGUUCCAAUCUUGAAUCUCUUUCCAUUAAUAACUGUGCACUUGUUGGUGAUGAAGGGAUUAUGGCUCUAGCGUCAAACACAACAAAGCUCAUGAAGGUUAAGUUACAGGCUGUUAAGGUUACUGACAAUUCUCUUACUGUUAUGGGGCAUCAUUGUAAGUCUCUGAUUGAGUUAAUGCUUGUGAGCCUUCCAAAUGUUACAGAAAAAGGUUUCUCUUCUAUGGGAAAUGCAUCAGGCAUGCAGAAGUUGAAGCUUUUAACAGUUACUGCAUGUCGAGGAUUGACAGACCAGAGUUUAGUGAUGGUUGGACAAGGCUGCCCCAGUCUGAAGAACAUCUUUCUGCGGAAAUGUGACUUUUUAUACAACAAAGGACUCAAAGGAUUUACAGAAGUUGCAGUAUCGCUAGAAAAUUUACACUUACAGGAGUGUAACAUGAUCUCUACUUUUGGUCUGAUAGAUGCUCUUGGAAACUGUAGUGGAAAGCUGAAGGGACUCGCAGUGGAGAAAUGUAGUGGAAUAACAGAGUGUGGAGAUGUAACUGUGCCAAUUCCUUUAUGUGAAUCUUUGAAGUCUGUCAAUGUACGUUACUGCCCGGGUUUUGGAGAUGGAUGUUUGGCAUUAUUAGGAAGUGCAUGCCCUCAGGUACAGUCUAUUGAUCUCAGUGGUCUUGUUGGAAUAACUGAUGAUGGCCUUUUUGCACUUUUGGGGGGCUGCAAAACAAGCUUGGUGAAUUUGAACUUGAGUGGGUGUAUUGAAGUGACAGACAGGGCUGUAUUUGUUAUAGUGAAGCUCUUUGGAAAGAGCCUUCAAAGCUUAAAUUUUGAUGGUUGUCAAAAGUUGACUGAUCAGAGUUUGAGGUUUAUUUCAGAGUGCUGCUCAGUGUUGCAGGAUUUGGAUGUCUCAAAAUGUGGUAUUACAGAUGAUGGAAUUGUGUCCUUUGCAUUUGCAGCACAUAAUGCUUUAGAUAUUCUUUCUCUUUCUGGCUGUGUGCAAAUAACAGACAAGUCUCUGCCUUUUAUAGGAAAGUUGGGAGAACGAUUGCAGGGUCUUAACUUGCAAUGCUGCAGUGGGAUCAGCACCAGGGCACUUGAUUUACUUAGGUCACAUUUAUGGAAAUGUGACCUCCUUGUUUGAUUGGGAUCUUGCAGAUGCUUUAUAAUAUUUGCAAGGGACCAAGUUCGUAGUAUCAGCAUCAAGAAACCGUGUUUGCAACAAAUAGGUUGUUCAGAUCAGUAAGGGCUUUUAUAAGGACGCAGUGGAGAGGCACUGGACCUUAUAGCGUCUUCAUCGGUCUUCAUCAUGAAGGGUAGAAGUAGAAAGCUGCAUGUUUUCAGUUUACGUAAUGUUGCAUUGUUUGGUGUUUUUGGGCCCAUGUGCAGUAGGCGAUGGGUUUUCUCAUGUUCUGCUUUUUCAAGAGCUUAGCCAUUUUUGCAGGUCUCUGGUUAUACCAAGAGAUCUGUUUAUAUGUUCAGAGGUCUUUCGAGAUGCAAACUCUGGAUACACGGCUAGCUUUUGUGUGCAGUUCACUUAAGGUUCACGUUGUACGUGUUUUUCACUUCGGUUUUUUUAUAGGGCCUGGUUUUCUCUGUCAAGAGUAGUGUCAGUGUUUCCGACAGGCCUCAUAUUGACCAUGUAGUGUGUGUAGCUUUAGUUAUAUACCUGUUUUUAGCAGUAGCAGCCUCUGAAGCUGAUGGGUUUUGGUGAUGGCAUUGUAACACGAUUGUCAUAACAACUUACAAGGUUGUUUUUCCAAGCCCAGCUGUUACAGAAUGUAAUAAUUGUGUUGCACUAUAAUAAUAGAUAAUAUGUUUGUCUGAA